AUGGUACAACAUCAUAAUAUACCUUGGUUUGGAUACUAUCUAGAAAACCUAUCUCCAACAGAAGCGACGGAUUACUCACUUUGGAAAGCUACAAAACGUUGCAACCAACCGCAACAAGCUCUUCCACCCUUAAGAAAUCAAGAUCGUUCAUGGGCAAGGAGCAACAAAGAAAAAGCUGAUCUUUUUGCUCAAGAAUUGAAAGAUACAUUUUCCAACUCACAAGAUGCACCCGACGAAGAAAUUGAUCAGUUCUUGAGUGCUCCUCUACAAUUAUCCCCACCAAUAGAGGCUUUUUCUCUAAACGAAAUAAGCGCGGUCAAAGUUCAAGAAGAGUUAUCUGACUUGUUUCCUAUUCAAUCUGGCGUACCACAGGGCAGCGUUCUGGGCCCAACUCUCUACUUGAUAUAUACCGCGGACUUACCAGCCGACGGAAAGAAUACCAUAGCUACUUUUGCAGAUGAUACUGCAAUAUUAUCCACAGACGUGGACCCAAAUGUAGCUUCACAAAGACUACAAAAUAGUAUAAAUAAAAUACAAAACUGGUUACAAAAGUGGCGUAUUCAAGUAAAUGAACAAAAAUCAGUUCAAGUAACAUUUUCUUUAAGAAGGGAAACUUGUCCAGCUGUAAAAAUGAACAAUGUCAGUUUUCCACAGGCAAACGAAGUGAAAUACUUGGGAAUUCACUUAGACAGAAGGCUAACUUGGCGCAAACACAUCUGGUCCAAGAGAAAACAAUUAAAUUUAAAAUUUUCGAAACUUUACUGGCUGUUAGGUCAUAAAUCUAAGUUAUCAUUAGACAAUAAAGUGCUAGUGUAUAAAACAAUUUUAAAACCUGUGUGGACUUAUGGGAUUCAAGUAUGGGGAACUGCUAGCAACAGUAACAUCGAAAUUAUUCAACGGUUUCAAUCAAAAGUGUUACGAACAAUUAGUGAAUCUCCCUGGUACGUGCGUAAUGACGACAUUCACCGUAGUCUUGAAGUGCCCACAGUGCGCGAAGAAAUUACGCGGUUCAGUGAAAGUUACUUAACUCGCCUUGAAAGGCACCCAAAUGUUGAAGUAAUCAAUCUCUUAGACAAUAGUGAAAGACGUUCAUUCAAAAUUACCGCGAACGGUUGUAAUAAAUAUUGUGGACCCGCUAGUGGUUCAUCCGGCCCCACAAUUUCGUUCUCAAGUUUUCGCCAAUCAUUCACAUCAAAUGUCAAUUACCUGAAACGACGUUCUCUUUCAAGAUUCAGCUCCGGGGAUUUAUCCUCGGAGUGUGACGAUGGUGAUCAAGUAAUUGAUCCAUAUGGACAGCCACCGUCACAGCCACCGCCACCUUUGCCACCAGGAAAACCAUCAACAGGAGGACCAAUACAAACACAACCACAACCACCCUCAUCUAAUCCACCUAAUGCGCCUAUAACAAGUCAGCCGCCACCUGGAAGUGGUGCGCAUCCAGAAACGUUAAAUUUAAGACCAAGUUCUAGAACAACUAGUGCACCUAGUAGUCCAGCAAAAACCCGAGAAUCCUUGUUACAACGUGUUCAAAGUUUAACUGGACAAGCUCGGGAUCAAGGUGCCUCAAUUUUAGGAGCUGCUGUCUCAAGUGCCACUCGUCCUUCAUUUAAUAAGGAUCGUUGUUUUACCUUACUUGUCAUUGAUGAUCAGAAUACGGAUUGGUCCAAAUAUUUCCGGGGUAAACGCUUGCAUGGAGAUUAUGAUAUACGUGUUGAACAAGCAGAAUUUAAGGAAUUAUCUUUAACUGCAAGUGGAGAAACUGGUACAGUGGUUUCCAUGGCAGUAUAUCGUAAUGGUACAAAAGUAAUGCGAUCAUUUCGUCCGGAUUUCUUAUUAAUCCGUCAAAAUUUAAAGGAUGCUGGUGAGGAUAAUAAACAUUUGUUGUUGGGUUUUAAAUAUGGCGGUGUCCCAGCAAUAAAUAAUUUAAGUGCUAUUUAUAAUUUUCAAGAUAAACCUUGGGUGUUUGGACAUCUAUUGCAACUACAACGGAAACUUGGAAAAGAAAAUUUCCCAUUAAUUGAACAGACAUUUUACCCGAACCAUCGUGAAAUGUUGAGUACACCACGUUAUCCAGUUGUUUUAAAAUUAGGCCACGCACAUGGUGGGCUUGGCAAAGUAAAAGUUGAGAAUCAUUCUGAUUUUCAAGAUAUGGCUAGUGUUGUUGCAUUGACAAAUACAUAUUGUACAACGGAACCGUAUAUUGAUUCCAAAUUUGAUAUACAUGUACAAAAAAUUGGCAAUAAUUAUAAAGCAUUUAUGCGUAAAUCAAUAUCGGGCAACUGGAAGACAAAUACUGGUUCAGCAAUGUUAGAACAAUUAACAAUGACCGAACGUUAUAAAUUAUGGGUUGAUGAAGUAGCAGAAUUAUUUGGUGGUCUAGAAAUAUGUGCAUUGGAGAUAAUUGUUGGUAAAGAUGGUAAAGAAUAUAUAAUUGAAGUUAAUGAUAGUGCAUUAACGUUAAUGGGCGAUUCACAAGAGGAGGAUCGACGACAUAUUGCUGAGCUUGUCACUCAUCACAUGCAGAAUACAUGUCGACCACAAACAAUGACAAAAACAACAUCACGAUCAAGUGUAUCAAGUGUAAGUCAAUCGCCAAGUGAAGAGCGUCCAUUGAGUGCAUUAGGUGGAUCAAUUUCAGCAUCAGAACCUCCGAGUGUACCUGGAAUUCCUGAAACUGGCCACCCAUCAUUAAGUAAUAUUGGACGUCGUGAUUCACAAGCCUCACAGUCGAGCACUAUAAGUAGUGUCAGCACUGCAGCUUCUGGUCGUCGCGUACCCGGUGAUGAUACAACAACAACAUCAAAUACACCAUCACGCGCAGGGAGUGUAUUUAAUCGCCAAGGUUCACAAUCACAAAUUGGUGAAGAUACUGAAGAUACAAUGAAAAAUUUAAGAAAAACAUUCGCUGGUAUUUUUGGCGAUAUGUAAAAACAGCAAACAUCUUAAUAAAACAAUAUCCCACUAAGUGGCCU